GUUGCAUUGACGCGUCAUGAAAGGAGUUUUGUGACGUAGCCGGUGGUGACCAUGGGUGAUCGGGAGCCGAGCGGCUCGCAUCCGCGGUGAAAGAUGAAUUCCUUCAACAAGCGCAAUAAAACAGGACCAAAGCUAAAUCCGCCUACUUCAAGAACGUACGCCUUCCGGCCCUCAAGGACCAAUGGCUGGAGCUGGCCACCACAUCCAUAUCAGAUAGCCUGUUGGAUGUCCUACUUGUACUGUGCUACCGUUGUAUUAGGCAUACUUAUCCCCCUUCUUCCAACUCACUGGUUACCUGCUGGCUAUAUUUGGUUUGGUAUUGUGUUUACUUGCCACGUGGUUUUUCACCUGAUUGCAGCCAGCAUCGACCCAGCUGAUGAUAAUGUUCGAGCCAAGAGCUAUAAGAAAACACGUACAGUGUUUGACCGCAGCAGACAUAAACAUGUUAUCGAAAAUCGUCACUGCUUUCUUUGUGAAGUUGAUGUAGGUUUAAAGUCCAAGCACUGCAGUCGGUGUAACAAGUGUGUAGCUGUAUUUGAUCAUCAUUGUAAAUGGCUCAACAAUUGUGUAGGAGGCAGGAAUUACUGGUACUUCCUGAGCUCUAUUAUCUCUGCUCUCCUUGGUGCUCUGGUAAUUGUCUCCAUUUCAACCUUUGUGUUAAUUGGAUACUCUGCGGAUGCAAAUCUGCUUCGGAGCAACCCAAAAUUUGCACUCAUAAACGACACAAAGACCUGGCUUGCAUUUUUGCCACAUCUUCCUGUUCAUACUACCACAGCUGCUAUUCUUACUAUCACUGUGAUCACCAACGGACUAAGUCUGACUGCAGUAGUACUUUUGGGCCAACUUCUGUGCUUCCAUUUCUACCUCUUGUGGAACCGACUAAGCACUUAUGAAUAUAUAGUACGCCAGCGUCAACGGCGAAUGUCAAAAGUCUCACCCAUAGAUGAUGUAGAAGAAUUGCCAUCGAGAUCUAUUCAGAAUAUAGAAAGCACAAGAUCUUUUGGAUACACUAAUAAUGGAAUUCACUUUGAAGCCACCUCAUUAACUGGGACUACAUCAGAAUAUCGUCAGGAUGAUGACUUGAAAUUACCCACUUUCAAGAUAGAGAAUGAAUUUUUGCCGACAAUUUCUGCUCACCUUCAGCAAGCCAGGGUAAAGAAAUCUUCGCAGUUGAGAAAAAAGAGAAAACGCAAAGUAUCCGCAAGCGUAAAUAAUGACAAGGCUUCAACCAGCACCACUAAACUACCAUCUGCACCUCCUCUAUCACAACCAGAUCUAACUGCUGCUUUUCGGAGUUCAGGGCUCCCUCUCCAAGCCUUCCCACCAAUGGUUACUUUACCUUCUUUAUUAGUGAGCGGCAUUAACCUCGUGCAGGCCGCAGGACCUCCAGCUGAGUACCAUUCUGAUUCUGCAGAGUCCAUGAACGAAAUUCCAGUGGUCCAGACAAGACUUGGCAGUGCAGCAGUGGUCAAGCACACCAAGACAACCUUUCACAGCACAAAGGACAACUUUGAAAAUUCUCUUCAGACUCUGAUUCCCAAACAGCAGUGUGAUGAAGAACCGGUGCCAUCUUCUGCUGUGCGGCCAAUUUUAAGGAAAAGCGUUAAAAAAUCUGAAGGCUUGGAUCCAAAAGUUGAACUGCUUCACAGUGUUCCGCCUGUGAAUGUUAGUCACAAGAAUGGCAAACUUCCCCUACCGGAACUAUUGCAUAGUCCUAGAUCUGGAUCUGUGAACCAGAAACUGUCCAGUUAAAAAUUACCCAGAUUUGCCUGUGUUCUUUCGCCUUGCCAGGGAUAACUUGGAUCCAAAACCAAACACAGCUCCUGGAUGAGUUUGAUGUUCAAUUGGUUUCAAGGUACACAUGUUAAAACUGGGUCCCCAGCAAUCAUUCAGUUUAGGUGUACGAGGAUGGCAACCACAGGAAGUGGUCUGUGAUACUACUUGUCCAUUGUGGCCUAAAACUGGGCACGACUUUGGAAUUUAAAUGAUUAGCAUAUUUUUUCCUUUUUAUAUCCGUAUAUAAAUGAGAGCUGAUAUGUUCUAUGGAAAUAUCACUCCUACAGAGGUUUUAAUAUAUUUUGCUGUUAUUUUUAUAUUAAUGUAAUUUGUCACUAUCAUCUAUAUAAAUAUCUGAUAUACAUAUAUACUGUAUAUCAUCUCUGUAAAUCAUUUGGCCAAUCCUUAAUAGAACUGUUUCUCAGGGACAGGUUCAGUACUGUGUUUUAGCAGGUAUCACAUCAGAUUUUCUUUUAAACAUUCUGCCUACUCUACAAAUUGGAAAUCGUGACAAUCUGGGAAAAAAAAGCAUCAUUUAGCAGAUUCUUUCAACACCUGAAAAUGUAGCAUUUAUUUUGUGUGGCCUUGGCAUUCUGUUAAAGGUAGUGUGACAUUACUUUUUUUAUGUAAAUUUUAUUUCUAUGUAAUUCAAUGGUUUAUUCUCUUAAGUGCCAAUCACUUUAUCGAUGUAAUUUUAAUUAAAUCUUUUUAAGACUAUGGCACUGUUUUUGUACUGAAAUAAAUCAUUUUAAGUUA